AUGCCUCUGAAAUCUCUGGAACUCCUUCAUUACUUCCACAAGGCUGGCGGCAACGAUGAACUGGCAUUACGAUGCAAGCGACAGAACUUGCCCAGACUGGCAUCCAGCAUGCAUUAUCCCGACGCGCUCCGAAACACACUCCUCAUUGCUGGCUUCCAUUACAUCGUCAACGCGGGUCGCUCUAUCGAUUUCAAGCCAACUCUCCUACUCCACAAAAUAGAAACCAUACGCUCGGUGAACAAAUGGCUUCAACUAUCAGAUUCGAAAGCAUACGCCAUGUGCGUACGGCAAAUAUCCACUUUGUGUUUUAGCGAGUGCUAUCUGGGGCAUUCGAGAGCUGCUGAAACCCAUCUCAACGGGUUGAUGAAGUUCUUGGAUAUUUACUGCCCUCUAGGCAUGGUUAGCCCAGUGGAACCCAGUAACACUGCGGAGCUUUCAAUACGAUACAUCAUGCUAACAUACUCCUUUAUAUCUAUUUGCAAAAGCCGCGUCCGCGUCGAACUAGUGGAUAUCGGCGAAGAAGCACCCCCAGAAGUUAUGGCGGCAAUGCACGACCGAUAUAAAGUGGAGGCCGGAGGGAUGGAUCUCAAACUGAGAAGUAUGGAAAUGAUUCCUUACUUCUUUGCUCCGUUGUCCUCCAUGAGAGGAUUCUGCGAUAUCGAUGCAUCUCCCAUGAUUAAGUGCCUCCUGUCCAUGACUGAGAUAUGUCAAUUGAGAGCACCAGCGACGGAUGAGAAACCGGUUCAGCAACUAGUAUGGCUCGAGGGUGCUGCCGUCAAGUGGAUACUCGCGGCUAUAGAGACUCAUGUGGAGUCCAUGCCCUGGCAAGACGACAGGGCUCGCAAGGAGACAUCUUCUGGGGGAAUGAAGAGUUCCUGGUCUGGACUGUUCAUCGCCACACAACUAUACGUGCAUCAAGUUCUUGGGCUCUGGAUUUUAGAUGCACCGCUAGAGGUCAAGUUCCAUUCUCAUAUUCUUGGUUAUUUGAGCUGGGACCUUGCCAUAGGUGAGAGUUGUCUAGAAGCAGGAUCUACCGUGGCAUCAAACUUUUGGUUCUGGAAGGCUUUUGUGGGUGCCUUUAGUCUAGCGAGGCACAUCGAAACUGAUCACGCAGUGGCGUUAUAUCCUCUCCGACGGCAGUUUGUUAGGCUUCUGUACAAGUGGUCUGAGGCUACAGGUAUCAAGACGUGGAAAGAGGCGCGGGAAAUUUUAAUUGGUAUUGUAUGGCCCAAGUCGGCAUUUACUCAUGGUUCUUUGGCGGAGAUGAUAUGGUAUGAGAGUCAAGUCAACAUUCAAGAGUCGAGAGGUUCAAGUGUACAGAGCGCUUAA